UGUGGAUCUGUGGGAGAGAAAAAACAGGCCUUGUUUGUAUCCUGAUCUUCACGUAGAGGAAAACAGAGCGCCGAUGUGAGCGUAUGACCAGCAGGGCCGUGCGGGGAGCGAAGGCGAAGCACACCAUCUGCAUGCCCAUGGGAAGAAGCACGCAUAAUAAAGGCGUCCAUUACUCCAGGCCCAGCGCAGAUACCGAGGAGCUAUAGCACUGGGACGGGAACUUGACAAGUUUGGCCUUAUUGCCUGUUCAGUUUGUGCUCUUUCUGCCUUUUUUGGUGAUGCAUUGAUGAGAUACUUUCAGUCGGGAAGGUUAUGUUGCUUGAGAAUUUUCUAACGGGUCUUUUUUCCACCUGUAUUUUCUCACCGACAAGCUAAACCUACAGUCUGGGAGGUAACAGUUCUGUCUUCCUGUAACGGGCCUUUUUGCUCUCUUUCUUAAUACGCUGCCGACAAGCUACAGUUGAAAGCUAGGAGGUGGUGAAACUGCUUUAACGCUCUUCUCCCUUUACACCAACAAGCUUAACCUGAAGUCCAGGAGAUAGGAGUCAUAAAGAAUACCUUUAACAUUUGCCUAUAUCAUUAAUCUCAGUCUUCCUUUCCUUCCUUGACAUUCUUGGAUUUGCCAAAACCUGUUUCAUGCAUGUCCACUGGAGGCAGGUUUGACUUUGAUGAUGGGGGGUCGUACUGUGGAGGGUGGGAGCAGGGCAAGGCCCACGGCCAAGGGGUCUGCACGGGCCCCCAGGGCCAGGGGGAAUACGCAGGGGCCUGGAGCCACGGAUUCGAGGUUCUGGGAGCGUACACCUGGCCCAGCGGAAACAGUUACCAGGGGACGUGGGCACAGGGCAAGAGGCAUGGCAUCGGUGUGGAGACCAAAGGCAGGUGGGAGUACAAGGGGGAGUGGACACAAGGGUUCAAGGGCCGCUACGGGCGGCUGGAGAGCACUGGCAGUGGGGCGCGGUACGAGGGCACCUGGAGCAAUGGCCUGCAGGAUGGAUAUGGGUCUGAGACCUACUCUGAUGGAGGUACAUUCCAGGGACAGUGGCUGAGCGGCAUGCGUCAUGGCUAUGGGGUGCGGCAGAGUGUGCCUUAUGGCAUGGCCGCCGUCAUCUUUUCCCCUCUGCGCACUUCCAUAAACUCCCUGCGCUCUGAACACAGCGAAGGAGCCCCAAAACCUGAUGAUGGUUCCGCUGUGAGUGGGGUGGCUGGGAGCCCGGUUGGCCGUGGAGGUUUUGUGCUUUGCGCUCAGAGUGAUGCAGAGAGGCAGAGAAAAAGAAAAGGACGCUUCCGGCAGUCCAUCCUAAGUGGCCUGAAGUUGCGGCGGUCCGAGUCCAAGAGCUCUCUGGCCAGCCAGCUAAGCAAGCAGAGCUCCUUCUGCAGCGAGGCCGGCAUGAGCACAGUCAGCUCAGCUGCAUCGGACAUCAACUCCAACGUCAGCCUGGGCGAUGUCGAGAUGGGAGGAAGCGUGGAUGCCACUGUCACUGAGACAUAUGUGGGGGAAUGGAGGAACGACAUGCGAACAGGUUGGGGUAUCAGCCAUCGCUCAGAUGGCCUGCGCUACGAGGGUGAGUGGUUCGGGAACAAGCGACACGGUUAUGGCUGCACCACCUUUCCUGAUGGGACCAAGGAGGAAGGCAAGUACAAGCAGAAUGUUCUGGUGAGUGGCAAGCGAAAGAACCUGAUACCACUGCGCACCAGCAAAAUCCGGGAGAAGGUGGACCGUGCAGUAGAGGCCGCUGAGAAGGCUGCAGAAAUUGCCAAGCAGAAGUCGGAGAUUGCACUGUCAAGAACGAGUCAUGCCCGAGGAAAAGCCGAGGCUGCUGAGGGAGUUGCACAGAGGGCCCUGGAGGAGUGUCGUCUGGCCCGGAUUAUUGCCAAAGAACUCUCCCCUUCCUUCCAUCAUUAUGGAAAUGGACUGGAGUGCCAGAGACCAAAGCGUCAAGACAGAAAAGAGAAAGACAUGGAAGUGAUUUCCACAGGGACCGACAGCCCAGAGCUCUGCACGCCAGACACAACUCCCCCAGUCCAGACCCCAGACAUCAGCCCAGUCCUGAGCAGCCCCUCCUCACCUCCCUGUACCCCACCAUCUCACCGUGCCAGGAGCGCCUGCUUCAUGCGCCAGAGUGCCGUGGACGAACAGGGAGGGGCAGAGAUUCAGGUUCUGGUGGAAGGAAGAGGCAUGGACAAAGGACGGGGUGGAGCCAACAGUUGGACUGCCGACAUGUACCCCAACCGACGGGGCAGCAAAGGAGACAGUAGCCGCUCCACUACCCCAUCCCUACUGGAGGAGGAGAUCGGUCAUAUCAAUGGACAUGAGCAAAACUCUCAACACUCGACUCAUCACACCUGGGAGAACGGCUCUUCCAAUCACAAGACCAUUGAGCAUGUCUCCUCAGAGAAAGUGUGGGAUCACGUGUCCUCCAACCAAAAGCCCUGGAAGCAUGCAUCCUCCAACCACAAGUCCAGGGAAUAUGCAAUCUCCAAUCAUAGAGAAUGGGAGCAUAUUCCGCCCAGUCACAACUCUGUGGACCACAAAUCUUCCAAGCUCAAACCACAGGUGCACACGUAUUCCAAUCACAAGGCCUUGGGUCAUAACUUGUCCAAUCACAAAACCCACGAGCAUUCGUCCUCCAAUCACAAACCAAAGGAGCAUAUCUCCACACAUGCAAAACCCCAAGACCGCAUAUCCUCCCAUUACAACCCCCGAGAGCAUGUAUCUUCCUAUCGCAAACCACAUGAGCAUGUCCACUCCAAUCACAAACCAAGCCAGUCCUUCAACAACCACACAGUUGGUGAGUCUAGCUUGAAUGACUACCAGCCACCAGAGCGUGGAGCCAGCAGCUCCUCUCUGGGAUGGACUGUUGAGAACUCUUCCCAGUGGAUCCCCUGCCACUCACAGCUGCCAGAGAAAGAGGAAGAAAAGCUGGACGACUAUCGGGUGGAAAUGAGGUUCCAGCCUAUAGACUCCAUUUCCCAGCAGCACUUCGGCUCAGGCACGGAAUGUCAGAGUCUCCAAGGGCACAAUUCGCAGAGACUGCGUCAGCGCAACCAGGACGGUAAAGAGUGGAGCGACAUGGCCAGGGAAGGGUCUGUGGACUCUGUGCAGAUGCUGGACAGCCUGAAUGUUGGGGUAGAACUGGAGGAAUGGCCAUUGCACAGAGAUGUCACCCUGUCUCCCCCUUUAACAUCCUCUCCAAUCACACUGGAACAUGACGGAGAGCAUCUGAACCUGGUCAAAACCAACUCAGGCUCCAGCUCUGUCCUGGUGAUCAUGGUGAUUUUACUCAACAUCGGUGUAGCCAUUUUGUUCAUUCAUUUCUUUAUUUAAACAUAAUGGCCUAGAGAAUGUUAAUAACAGCACUUACUAUUAUCAAAAAGUAAGAUAUGCACAUGAUGCACAUUUAGCACCACUUCGUUAUGUAAGGAACCCAGAAUUUACAUUAGUCAAGUCCAUGUAUGUUGGACAGGUCCAUUGUAAAUUGUAAGUUUAUUUUGUGGUUCCAUUAAUGAUAUAUUUCCAUUAUUAUCCAUUAUUAGGUAUAUUUGCUUAUGUUUUCCUUAUCCAUAAUAUACGUAAAGGCCCAUCCACAGUAUUCUUUAGGACUGAAAAUAUUGCACACGUUUAGGUUUUCAAAGAUACAGUAUUGCCUGAUAUAAUUUAUCAUAUCAUACCUUUAAUCUCUUUUUACAGAGUGGUUUCUUUCUUUUUAAUGGCACAUCAGGCCCGUUUUUUCCUGAGCAGUAAGACUGUAUAGUUUAGUGAGACGGUCUUUUUGUGGUUUUGUGUACAAAAAAAUGUUGUAGCGCAUGUGAGGUGGUUAAGUGCUUAAAAGAAGGCACUGAUAUGUAACUAGCCAGUCAAAGACCACACACACUCCACUCCACACUCACUGAUAUCCCAGGGUACAGCCCUAUAGGACCGCUGCAACCACUCAUGCAUACGUUCAUGCAUCUCCAUACCCAGAUAUUGCGAUCUCUGUCUGAGGUAAGAGCUAUCUUAAAGGGCUUCAUCAUGAUCUGUUUUAUUUUUUCUUCAUUUAUAUCCAAACACACACACAAACACGCAAACACACCCAUACACUCAUACAUAUAUAGCGAACGGGGUAAGCCCGCAGCGUUCUUCCUUCUUCCACUGAUACGAGCCCAUUUAGCAUCGUCACUGAAUGUCAGCACAAUUCAGUCAGUCAGUCAGUCAGUCGCUUUGUUGUUUGUUUUACUUCACAUUAAACACACAUUCACUGGCUAUACACGACUAUGCUGAACUCGCUACUAAAGAAAAUAAGUUGUUUCUUUGUAAAACACAUCAUUACUUGCUAUAUGACAUGAACCACAACAGAGGUGCAUCAGUGGUUGAGUAUUCUGGCUCAUGCUCUGUAAAGUUUGAGACUGUUACCUUUUGACCACUGCUUUCAAUAUAUAUUCUAUAUUACUGAACAGUUAGUCUCUUUUAACAGUUUGCAAGAUAUCAUUGAUAAUGCUGAGUGCCUUUUUAAUUGAGAAAAAAAAUCAUCCCAGCAAGCAGGCUUUGUAUAGGUGAUGACACAUAACGAGGCAUGGAACGGUCUAUCUGUGUCUAUCCCGACCCACGUCCGAACUGAAUAAGUUGGCUUUAGAACACUCGAGCCUGUGGAGAUUUUUACAGCAUGUUUGUUGGCCUGUUUUCUUCUGCUGUUAUUCUGUGUGAAUUUCUGCCUGUCUCUCUGUCCAGCAACUUUAGGUGACAAUAGGGACUUGAAAGCAGUGUAAAAAAAAAAUGCCAGCUUAUGUUUCUCAGUGGGACCUGACUGAAAAAUCAUCUAAAUUAAUGAAUGAUAACUGCUACUGUAUAUUUUAUACUACUCAUCCAGUGACAUCAUCAUGUUGUGAAAUCAUUGCAUGCCCAAGCAUGCCCUUUCUUACGCAAUGAUUUAUGAGAUUGUUUCCAAGUUAUGUGGAAAAUUAAUAAAAUGUUUGAGGUUA